AUGCUGGUGGAGGGUCUCUCAGAGUGCCUGCGUUGUGGAACACUGUUCCUACGCGGAGCCCCCUCCUUAGCAGAAGCCGCACACGUCUUGACCUAUUACAUCAUAGUCAUUUUCCUGAAGCCCCCUGAAGGCAGACAUGAGGGGUACCCCUCGGUCUGCUCAUCUCUUAAUUCCGCACGCCUGGCAGUGUAUGUCACAUGUGGCGGGGAGCCAGAAUCAGUUGUUGUGAGGUUCCAUGUUAAUAUCCUGCCAGGUCACACUGGGAGUGGGUUGCACCACAGACAGGUAAGCGUCCUUUACGGCACGCAGAGGGGCUGUCCGCACAAGGGAGAAACCAGCAGAAGGGCCGCAUUCCACUCCUGUCUGGGAAAAUCAUGUCCAGCUCUGGAGACAUCUGGUGUGAGCCCAGAGGCUUGGAACAGACAUUCGGUCAUCCUGGAUGCCGUGGCUGUGCCUCAAAAGGUGGACGAUGGUGCCUCUUCAGCUCCACUAGAUCACCUCCCCAGUGGCUUCCUGUCUUCUCCAGAAAACGCAUUUCUCCAACCAGAGACCAUGGCCUUUGCAGGGAAGUUCUCCAAAGAGAAUCUCAGAUGCAGGCAGUUAAAGUGGAGGCUACUUCAGAAGUGUGUGACAGGCACAUGUGCUGACCGCUCCAGAAGGAUUCCAGAAGAAAUAAAUGAAGAAGGGGGAAAUAGCAGCUUGAGCAUAAUCAUGAUUUUAUUCAGGGGAGGUUCAGCAAGUAUUCUACAGCUUUAAAACUUAAAGACUAAUUUCACUAAAGACUAACGUAUCAGUCCAAGAAAGCUAUUAAUUUAUGUGGCUGAUAAAUCUUGGUUGAUAAAUGGACAUCUCCCAUGCUAUGGAAAAUGUUUUUGUGGUUUUGCUAAGAUGAUAAAUGUUUCUUUAAAACUUUUCAAAAAGAGCUUGCCUAUAUAAUACUAAUAAAUAAUUUGCAUUCCUUUGAUCAUAAAAAUGCCUAUAGAAAAACAUAUGGAAGUGUUUAGAACUGUCAAUACAUUGCACUGAUAUUUUUGUUACAUCCCAACUCAGCAUCAAUGGGAAAUUUUACUGCAGUAUUUGCUUCUAAGUAAAUUGUUUGAGUUUAUGCCAAUUGUUUUUACAGUAAAAAGAAGAUCAUGGCCAUGGAAAGAAUAGGUCAAUUAUAGGUGAGCAAUUUGUCCUCUCUCCAAAUAAAGUGUAUACUUUUGAGAGCAGAAUACCGUGUACAAGAGAGCUGGGUCACAUUCAAGUGGGCGAAGAAUCUGGAGAAGAAGCCACAGAAAUAUGGACCCACUGGAUACAGAGUGCAGCAAGGGCUGCGGCUGGGAGCAUGGUACCCGUGGAGCCCCUCCCAACCUGCGCAUGGCUGGCUUCUUUCAGUGCCUUUUCUUUUCAUCUCUGAAAAAAUUAAAAUGUAUCCAGCAUUUAAAAAGGAAAUCAGUUUGUUUAAAAAUCCCAU